GACCAGAUAAAGCGAAAAGCUUGCAAGCAAGAAAAGCUUAGACGUGGAUGGGCUUCACCUUCAAAACCACAGUGGGACUGUCGUCACAAGGAAACUCCGAAAACUGCAGUAGCGCCCCUCCAUCUCGGCAAAGGCCGGCAAGCGGCAUCGCUGAUCAGCUGGCAGAGGGUGUUUGUUGGCCUCGCCUGGGCGGCCGUCGGAGGUGUGGCAGCUCUCAGCUCCGGCGAAGCCAUCAACUUGCACGGUGACUCACAGUGUUUACCUGCUGAAGUGGCAGCAAUGGAGAGGAGCAGCAGCGACAAGCACUUCAUCCUCGUGCACGGCCUGUCGCACGGCGCGUGGUGCUGGUACAGGGUGGUGGCGAGGCUGCGCGCCGCGGGGCACCGGGUGACCGCGCUCGACAUGGCAGCGUCGGGCGUCCACCCGGCCCGCAUCGACGAGGUGGCGUCGUUCGAGGACUACUCGCGGCCGCUGCUGGACGCGGUGGCCGCGGCCCCGGACGGCGAGAGGCUGGUCCUGGUGGGGCACAGUCUCGGCGGGCACAACGUCGCCCUCGCCAUGGAGAGGUUCCCGCGGAAGGUCGCGGCGGCCGUGCUCCUCGCCGCGUGCAUGCCGCGCGUCGGCAGGCACAUGGGCAUCACCAUCGAGGAGUUCAUGAGGACGAUCACACCAGAUUUCUUCAUGGAUAGCAAAACGAUGGUUCUCAACACCGAACAAGGAGCAAGAACUGCAAUUCUACUUGGCCCCAACUUUUUGGCGACGAAAUUGUAUGAUCAAAGCCCAGCCGAGGAUCUGGAACUGGCGAAGUUGUUGGUGAGACCUGGCUGCCAGUUCAUGGAGGACCCACUGAUGAAGGAUGAGACGCUGCUCACGUAUGGCAACUACGGAUCGGUGAAGAGGGUGUUUGUGAUCGCCAAGGCUGAUACUAGCAACACCGAGGAGAUGCAGCGCCGGAUGGUCGAUUUAAGCCCCGGCGCGGAAGUCGAGGAGAUCGCUGGAGCCGAUCAUAUGGCCAUGCUUUCCAAACCGGGGGAACUGUAUCAUGUUCUGGUCAAGAUUGCCAACAAGUACGACUGAGUUGGAGAUGGUUGAGCUACAAGGCUCGUAUUCCUUUUUUUUCGUUUGGGAAAUCUGAAAUUAUCAAUAGUCCGUUUCAGGCUUCUAUUUGCACUGUCUAAGUACGAUGCAAGUUUGUAACCCGAGUUCUAAAAUAAGUUCUUGAUCCAUUUGAUGUUA